GCCCGAGGACCAUAUCGGUCUGAGCGGGUGCCCCCUCCGGUAGACUGCAGUCCCGGUAGCGGUUAGGUUUUCAUCGCUGUGGUGGCCGUUAUUCCAGGAUUAAGGAGAAACACAUGACUGUGGGGUUGGAGCGCCUCUAUUGUGGCAUUUUCUUGCGACUCUUUCACGGACGUGGUCAGCCGCCAAAAGACUUCAUAUCAACGGACAUGAAGUGAAGGAGCCGGGCUGGGCUUUGGGCCUGCAGAUAUUUAUCGCCAGCUAGCUCUCCUAGCCUGUAGAUGCGAUCCGAUUGGCAUCAGCCCGAUGCUCCUUUUGUUAGCAUAACAGAUAGCAAACCGGGCUCGCCAGCUUGUUUUGAUGCGGAUUUAUUGGUGAAACCAGCUGUAGUUCCACACAGCCUCGUUUAUUUUUUACUUUGGCCGGGUUUUAGGUUUACGUCCAUCUAAGCUAAACUUUUGUCGCUGAAGAACGACCACUUUUAAACACCGUCAGAGUCCAGCUUUUUGGUGCGAUCGUUGAUUUGUGAGGGUUAUGUUUUUUUUUAGCGUCUGCAAGUUGAUGAGCCAAGCUUUCAGGAGUCCGUUUUUCAUUCCUCUCAGCAUUUUCCAUUUCUAGUCCCUCACACUUUGUUUUUUCCCCAUCUUUGGCUGGCUGCUGCGGCUGGCCGCACGGCACUUAGUGCCUAAUGGAGGAACAUGACAACAUGGACUAUUUUUACCAGCAGGUAGUGCAGAAAGACGUAACUCGCAGACUGCAGGUCGGGCAGGACCUUAUUGACUACCUGAAUGACCCGCAACGCUCCCCGGACGUAGAGCAAGACAAACCUCGGUUGGAUAAAACCAUAGACGAGCUAACGGGAUGGGUCAACUCAAGCAAUUUCAAGGUGGCGCUAUUGGGGAUCGACAUCUGUGGUGCGUUUGUGGAUCGUUUGGGAGAGCGGUUCAAAGGAUACUUUGGCACAGUCUUGCCAGCUCUGGUAGAUCGGCUGGGUGAUGGGAAGGACCAGGUCAGGGAGAACAGCCAAGCUCUGAUCCUUCGAUGCAUGGAGCAGACUGCGUCGCCCAUGUACGUCUGGGAACGGUUGCUUCCUGGUUUUAAGCAUAAAAAUUUCCGCAGCCGGGAAGGAAUCUGCUUUUGUCUCAGUGCCACGCUGAGCACGUACGGAGCCCAAUCCCUCAGUCUGAGCAAAUUAGUUCCUCAUCUCUGCUCCUUGACUGGAGACCAGAACCCACAGGUACGGGAGGCUGCAACAAACACGCUGGUGGAUGUUUACCGCCAUGUCGGCGACAGGGUGCGAGCCGACUUGGGGAAAAGAGGACUUCCAGCUCAGCGGUUACAGGCGAUAUUUGCUCGGUUUGAUGAAGCCCUGAAUUCAGGAAACAUGGCUCUCAGCCCCAGUCACGAUCGUAGUUUCGAUGACAACGACAGUGUGGAAGAUCGCUCUUCCUCUGCUCAAGCCGCCUUUAAAGUUCCCAAAGUUCCCAAGAAGCCUGGAGAACCGUCUGCUGCACGCAGACCCAGCGCUACUGGCGGAAAGCUAGUGUCUAAGGAAAGUGCGGUUGCAAUCGAUGAAGAGGAUUUUGUUAAAGCUUUUACAGAUGUUCCCACUGUCCAGAUCUACUCGGCGAGGGACCUAGAGGGCAACCUCAACAAGAUCCGGGAGAUCUGCUCAGAUGACAAACAUGACUGGGACCAGAGAGCAAAUGCUCUGAAGAAGAUCCGCUCCUUACUGGUGGCGGGUGCAGCUGGCUACGACUGCUUUUACCAGCACCUCCGCCUGCUGGAUGGAGCCUUCAAGUUGUCAGCUAAAGACCUGCGCUCACAAGUGGUCAGAGAGGCCUGCAUCACUGUCGCCCACCUUUCAUCAGUGCUGGGUAAUAAAUUUGACCAUGGAGCGGAGGCCAUUGUCCCCGUCCUGUUCAACCUCAUUCCCAACUGUGCCAAAGUCAUGGCCAUGUCUGGCGUCUCGGCCAUCCGGAUCAUUAUACGGCACACUCAUGUUCCCAGGCUCAUCCCACUCAUAACCAGCAACUGCACUUCAAAGUCUGUGGCUGUCAGAAGACGCUGCUAUGACUUUUUGGACCUUCUACUACAAGAGUGGCAGACCCAUUCACUAGAAAGGCACACAGCAGUUCUAGUUGAAAGUAUCAAAAAGGGAAUUCAUGAUCCAGACUCGGAGGCCAGAGUGGAAGCUCGCAAGGCCUACUGGGGAUUGAGGAAUCACUUUCCAGCAGAAGCAGAUGCUCUCUACAACUCCUUGGAGACAUCCUACCAGAGGACACUCCAGUCCUACCUGAAGAGCUCUGGAAGCGUGGCCUCGCUUCCCCAGAGUGACCGCUCCUCGUCAUCCUCUCAGGAGAGCUUGAACCGUCCUCUGUCUUCCAAAUGGUCUGCAGCUCCAGGGCGAGUCCCUGCCAGUUCAAAAGGUGGGGUGUCGUUGACGUCCCUGCAGCGUUCCCGUAGCGACGUGGACGUAAACGCAGCAGCAGUUUCUAAACAGCGCCACGUUGGACAAGCCAGAGUAGCGGGACAGCAGCCCGCUCGCUCCUACUCCUCUCUGGAUGAUGCCUCUGAUAAGACGGAUGGCCGCGUUCGUACGAAGCAGCUGUUGACCACAGCCAGCAGCGUGUCGAGCCAGGUGGACUCUCGGGGACGCAGUCGCGCCAAAAUGGUCUCCCAGUCACAACGUUCCGACGAAUCCGAUUGCACACCAGGAUCUCAGUCUGCUAACCCUGUCGGUGCCGGCAGUCGCAGUGGUUCGCCGGGCCGCGUGUUGACGACCACGGCUCUGAGCACCAUGAGCUCUGGGGCACACAGGGUGCUUCCCGGACCUGCGGGGGACGGACACAGACGGAGCCGCAUCCCUCGCAGCCAGGGCUGCUCCCGGGACUCCUCACCGACUCGUCUCUCUGUCGCUCCUUCUAGCAUUAGUUCCAUCUACAAUGGAAGCAGAGGAGCCCGAGGCAGUCGCAUCCCGCGGCCCAGUAUGAGUCAGGGCUGCAGCAGAGAUGCCAGCAGAGAGAGCAGCCGGGACACCAGCCCCGUUCGCUCCUUCACGCCCCUCGCAACACGGAGCUACUCUCGCUCCACUGGAGCUCUCCACACACCUGAUGCUUUUGGGGCUGCAGGCUCAGGUUUGGGGAUCAGCCAGUCCAGUCGCCUCUCCUCUUCGGUCAGUGCCAUGAGGGUCCUUAAUACUGGCUCGGAUGUGGAGGAGGCUCUUGCAGAUGCCUUGCUGUUGGGCGACAUGAGAUCUAAGAAGAAGCCAGCACGGCGGCGAUAUGAGAACUACGGCAUGUACUCUGACGAUGACGCCAACAGCGACGCGUCCAGCGCGUGUUCUGAAAGGUCCUACAGCUCACGGAACGGAGGGGCCAUUCCCACGUACAUGAGGCAGACCGAAGAUGUGGCCGAGGUGCUUAACCGCUGUGCCAGUGCCAACUGGUCGGAGAGGAAGGAGGGGCUUUUGGGGCUUCAGGCUCUUCUCAAAAACCAGCGAACCCUCAGCCGGGUGGAGUUAAAGAGGCUGUGUGAAAUCUUCACCCGGAUGUUUGCAGACCCUCACAGUAAGCGAGACUCCGGCAGGGUCUACGGCACGGCAGAAUCCGGUAUAAGCUCAGCCUCCUUCAAGAGAGUGUUCAGCAUGUUCCUGGAGACUCUGGUGGAUUUCAUCCUGGUCCACAAGGACGACCUACAGGACUGGUUAUUUGUCCUGCUCACACAGCUGCUGAAGAAGAUGGGAGCAGACCUCCUGGGCUCCGUCCAGGCCAAAGUCCAGAGAGCUCUGGACAUCACAAGGGAGUCUUUCCCCAAUGACCUUCAGUUUACUAUCCUCAUGAGGUUCACUGUGGAUCAGACGCAGACGCCGAACCUGAAGGUGAAGGUGGCCAUCCUGAAGUACAUUGAGACCCUGACUCUACAGAUGGAAGCCCCAGACUUUGUGAACUCCAGUGAAACCCGGCUGGCUGUCUCCCGCAUAAUCACCUGGACAACUGAACCCAAGAGCUCCGAUGUCAGAAAGGCGGCCCAGGCGGUGCUAAUCGCCCUCUUCCAGCUGAACACUCCAGAGUUCACCAUGCUGCUGGCAGCUCUUCCCAAAACCUUUCAGGAUGGGGCCACCAAGCUGCUUCAGAAUCAUUUGAAGAACACGGGCAGCGUUGCACAGGCACCAAUGGGCAGCCCUUUAACUCGCCACACUCCCAGAUCGCCAGCCAGCUGGUCCAGUCCUGUCACUUCUCCUACCAACACCUCCCAGAACACCCCAUCACCAAGUGCUUUCGACUACGACACAGAAAACAUGAACUCAGAGGACAUCUACAGCUCCCUCAAAGGUGUCACAGAAGCGAUCCAAAAUUUUAGCGUGCGCAGCCAAGAAGACAUGAAUGAUCCAGUGCAAAGGAGAGAUGGAGAAGAGGGGGGUAUGGGAAUGGACGGCCGAGGUUCAGAGCUGGUAGACGGCGGCCGCAUGGCUCUUGACAACAAGACGUCCCUCCUGAACACCCCCCUCCUGUCUUCCAGCCCCCGUGGGGCGCGGGAUCACUUCUCCGACUCUCCCUUUAAACACAGCCGCAAAGACACCAGCCUGGACGACUCGGCGCAUCUCACCGACGCAGACAGCGGCCUGGACCAGUCGGAGCUCGUGGCCGAGCUCCUCAAAGAGUUGUCCAAUCACAACGAGCGCAUUGAGGAAAGGAAGGCGGCGCUGUGGGAGCUGCUGAAGUUGAUCCGCGAGAACACACUACAGGUGUGGGAUGAACACUUCAAGACCAUCCUGCUGCUGCUGCUGGAGACGAUGGGUGACAGAGAGCAUGUGAUCCGAACACUAGCCUUGCGGGUGCUUAGGGAGAUUCUGGGUAAGCAGCCCUGGAGGUUCAAGAACUAUGCAGAACUCACAAUUAUGAAGGCUCUGGAGGCUCACAAAGAUCCUCAUAAGGAGGUGGUACGAGCGGCGGAGGAGACGGCAGCCAUGUUGGCCCUGUCCAUCAGCCCUGAGCAGUGCAUCAAAGUUUUGUGCCCCAUCAUCCAGUCCGCCGAUUACCCCAUCAACCUGGCUGCUAUCAAGAUGCAGACCAAGGUGGUGGAGAGGAUCCCUCGAGAGGGUCUCAUCAGCAUGUUACCUGAGAUUGUUCCAGGACUCGUUCAGGGUUAUGACAACUCUGAAAGCAGUGUAAGGAAAGCCUGCGUCUUCUGCUUAGUGGCCAUUUAUGCUGUUAUAGGAGAAGACCUCAAACCGCACUUAAGUCAGCUCUCCAGCAGCAAGCUGAAGCUGCUGAAUCUGUACAUCAAGCGUGCUCAGUCGGGCUCCAGCGGAGGGGAACCGUCGACUGAAGCCCUAUAGGAGAUACAUGCACAUCUCACAGGACAACAUCACAACCACACAUCUGCUCAUCACGUCACACCCAAACAGAUCCAAACUUUUAAAAAAUGACAACUGCUUAUGUCAACAGCUGAUCCAUCCACACGCCAUUGGCAUUCGUUUCUUCACUACAAAGAAAAGGAAGGGUUUUUUUGAGCAUCCGCUGUGAUCUCAGACUGAACAAAGACUUGUGCAGUUGCAUACGCCACCAAGGUUUGUCACUCGCCACUAAAGGAUGAUGUGAGGAAGGGUGGGUCCUGUUGGAUCCCAACUAUAUAUUGUUAUUAGAAAACGGUGCAUAUGCAUGUCUUUAUUUUUCUGGAAUUUCAAAUUCAUCAAACCCUGCAAUGAUUAAAUAGUGCCGUAUUUUUUAUUUUUUUGGUUUCCUUCAUGAACGAUAAGAAACCGGGGGCCAGGUAGACAGGAAUGUACAUUGUGUCAUAGUUUGAUUUUGUUUUACUGCAGUGUUUUCUGUUUUGUUUUGUUUUUUAAAAACCUGGAAUUUUCUUUUCACUCACACAUUCACUGAAACACCCUUUCAGAGCGAUGCUGACCAGCCUAAAAGGUACGACCAGCCAAAACCCGCGCAGUACUAACCGCCACUCAAAGCAAAGCGGUUCAGACACUAUCCCAAACGUUGGACCCGUUGCUCUGCUUGGCUGUGCAUGAGACUAAAUGUCCAAGAGUCACUUUUUAAUCUGGGUCCUGCUGACGCUCAGAACAGUCAGACCGGGCUUUUAAAAUGAAAUGAACAAUGUCCACCCCUUUCAGAUCAUCACAUCCUCCAUUUCUUCCAGCCUAACUCGGAUCAACCCACUUUCAAGCAACAUGGAGGGGGAGAUGGGUGCUUUAUGACAGGAUGUGGCCAAUUAUCACAUAGUGGAUUUGUGUCACUAAAGGAUAUUAAAAUUAAAUAUUCAGUAAACUGUCAUUGAGGAGAGUUCUGUGUGGAAAGGUGCACACACCUUUGCCCCAAAUGUUUCAUAAUUUUUCCCCCUCUGUCUCGGUUGCGCAUGUUGUAGUCUCACGUUUUUUUUUUGUUUUGUUUUUUUCAUUUUUGUUUUUUUCUCCAAUGAGAAAUUUGUAGAAAUGUAUUAUUUCCAGGGCUGAAAAACAGUUGUCCUUCACUUUUAUCUUGUUCAUGUCUUUCUUUCCUCUCAUAACAUUCUAGAUUUCAUUGUUGUAUUCUCAGUGCAUUUACAAAGCUGUGCUUUAAAAUAAAGAACUUGUACAGAUCAAAAUGA